ACAAACCCAGACCUGCUUUUGGUCCUGCACCACUUCUGGGCCACACCAAAUGUCAGUCCCCAGCAACAGCUGCAGUGGCCUGUUUUGGUGGAUGGGUGCCCUUGUGCAGAGGACAACUAUCAGACCCAGCUAGUGCCUCUGAGUCUUGCUUCAGGACUGUUGUUCCCCUCUCCUUACCAGAGUUUCACCCUCUACACAUUCACCUUUGUGGGUUCCACUUCCCAAGAGAUGUUCUCUGGGCUGGUGUACCUGCACUGCAGUGCCUCAGUGUGCCACUGGUCUGUACAGGAGUCCUGCACUACCACAUGUCCUGCUAGAGCCAGGUGUAAAAGGAGUGCCGACCAUCAUCUUCAGGAUGGUGCCUCUCAUGUCUCCAGCAAAGGCCCUGUGAUUUUCCUCCAAGAUGAGCUAAGAUGGGACACAGCCAAGGAUGACCUUG